CUAUUGAUUUGUUUAACUUAAUUUCUAGUUUAGAAGUAAAAUGUCAAGAAAAAUAUCACAUGAUACUACAAGGAAAACUUAUAUCUCUGAUGAUUUCCGUUCCAUUCUAAAAGAUACUGAGAAAAAUAUUUCAUCAAUAAAGAGUAAGUUAGAAGAUAGGCCAAGCAGAGAUGUAAUGACAUCAUAUCUUUCUACACCACUAAGGGGAAAUGAAAAGAAAUAUGAACGACUUAAAUAUAGUCCAAGACAAAAUCAUUCGCCAAGAUCUCAAACAUCAGAGACUAGUUUAGUUACGUCGUUAUUUCAAAGAAUGGAGAUGCAGGCAAAGACAAUAGCACAUUUGAGUGAAACUGUCCAAGUGCAAUCAGAUGAGAUUCGAAAACUGAAAGAUCGUCAGAAUGAUUUAGAAAAUCGCAUCAGAGGCAGUAGUAACUUUAACAUUGACCGAAAGAUGGAAUCGCUACAAAGAGAACUGCAAAGUGAAAUUGACAGCUUGCGUACCAUGUUGAAUAAUAAUUAUGGAAAACAUAAUUCAACCUACAAUGAGCAUUAUUUUUCCAGAGACAUCCAAGUGCAGAAGAGAAUGAUUGAAGAUGAGACAGAUUCCAUACGAAGAGAAGUUGAUAGUUUGAAGCAGCGCAUAAUGAAGAUUGAGUCUGACCUUCAUAUAUCAAUACGCGACAGUCGUGAAUAUGAACGGAAAUUUAAAAGUGUGGAAAGGGAUGUGUCCCUUGUGAAUGACAGCCAGCGACAGUUGAAAAGGGUCGGAGAUAGAAGAGAGGAGGAGUUGGGAUACUUAAGGAGAGAGUUGCAGGAGAUAAGUAACACUGUGGUGGAUUUAAACCGUGAAAGCUACAGAUCUAAUCAAGAUUCAAAAUUGAAGUUUAAAAGCAGAAAGCAGACACCGUACAGUCGAUUUGAUGAUGAUGAUUGGUUAAAAAAUGAUGACGAUCAUGUUAGCCCUUAUGGCGCAAGAAAAAAAUAUUCAUCCAGCUACCUUGAGGAUAAUUCUUUGUUGGAGAGUAGUAAGAAGAAAAGUUCAACUUAUUUGGAUGAUAGUCAGUUGUUGACUGCCUUGUCAUAUAGUAGUGAUUUGGAUCUAUCUUUGGAAAGUUUAGAAGGCAGGGGUAAAAAAGCCAAUAGCGGGAAGCUCAUUGAGGAUGAUUUUGCCACUCAACUUGCUCGUUUGGACAUGCAAAGCAAAUAUCUGGAAGAGGAUGGAGACUUAAUGAAUUCUGAAGAAUUGGUAAAAGAUACGAAAAAUAAUACGGACACAUUUCACGAUAGUAUCGCCGAGAGAAAUGACAAUGUCGACGACCUGUCAUUAAACUUGACGUUAGAUGACGAUGAUUCAGUGUCGAAGCCUUCACGUAAGUAAAAAGAGAAACAUUCGAAAAACAAAUGGUGACGAAACUAUUAUAUUGUCUUUAAAUUCUAAGAAAAUUUAUUCAGGAAUUUUAUGCUUGCAAGAAGUAGGACAUGUUGUUACAAAGUAUUGUAAAGUUAGAUGUAUAUAUUGUUUUUAUGUGUUUGUUUUGCCUAAUUUUUAUUUCCUUUUUGUUAUUGAAUUUUUGAAAAGACAAAUGUUGUUGAUAGCUGCAUACGGAUGGUAAA